UAAUAGUGUUAAUUCUAAAAAAUAUGUACUUUGAAAGAAAUUUAUACAUAUUAUAAAUCUGCAUAGAAUGGCGCCAAUGUCUAAUAUUUAUUAGGUUAUCGUACACGUGACAGCUAAAUUCUUAAUGUUAAAUAGUGAAAUUUUAAAUUAGUUGUUUGUUUAUUCGAUUAAGUAAACUAAAUGAUAUAUUGAAGUCAUGGAAGAAAAAACUCAAAUGGAAGAAGAUAAUGAUGAUGAAAAUAAUGUUGCUGUUAAAAAUACAAUUCCACUAAUAAAAGAUUUAUUUCAUGUACAUGGAAAAGUUGGAGAAGGAACUUUCAGUUCUGUGUACUUAGCUACUUUAAAACUAUCUGAUGGUUCUAAAAAAUUUGCUUUGAAACAUUUAGUUCCUACUAGACAUCCUGAAAAAAUUGAACGAGAAUUACAAUGUAUGCAACAGAUAGGAGGAAAAGAUUAUGUAGUUGGAUUAGAAUUAUGUUUACGAAAUUUUGAAACAGUAAUAUUUGUAAUGCCAUAUAUGAGGCAUGAUAAAUUUUCGGAAUAUGUACAAGAUAUGACUGUACAGGAAACAAAGGAUUAUAUGAUUGCAUUAUUAACUGCAUUACGAAGGGUUCAUAAAUUUAAUAUUAUACAUAGAGAUGUCAAACCCAGUAAUUUUUUAUAUGAUAGAUGCAACAAAAGAUACUUGUUAGUUGAUUUUGGAUUAGCACAAGAAUAUAUAGCAGAGAAAAAAUCUAACAAUCUUAAAUUACUCAAUUCUGAAACACAAAUUGUUAAAAGGAAAAGAACGGAUGAAAAUAGUUUAAAUUUUUCUGUCGAUAGAAGAAGGAAGGGUACAGAAGAGAAGUGUUACUGCUUUGGUAAAGCAAAAGUUUGUUCAUUAUGUAUAUCAAAACCAGAACAGACAGCUCCAAGAGCUGGUACACCAGGUUUCCGUGCUCCGGAAGUUUUACUAAAGCAUCCUUCACAAACACCAGCAAUUGAUAUUUGGGCAAGUGGAGUAAUGAUGCUCUGUAUUCUUAGUGGUACUCAACCAUUUUUUCUUUCACCAGAUGAUUGUACAGCUUUAGCAGAAAUAACAACUAUAUUUGGAUCAAAUAAAAUGCAACAGUGUGCACGCAAAUUAGGAAAAAAAGUUAUCUUUAGUGAAGAUAUACCAGGGGUUGAUAUUGUAUCUUUAUGUCAGAAAUUACAAAAAAGAAAUAAAGGUUUAUUAAAUAAUAAAGAUCAUAACACAUGUGAAAAGGUAUCAUUGGACACUCAGUUUCCAAAAGAAGCUUAUCAUCUUCUACUAAGGUUAUUGGAUUUAGAUUAUAAAACACGUCUUACCGCAGAUCAAGCUUUAAAUCAUCCAUUUUUUAAAUUAUAGUAUAUAUUUUCAUCUUAAAAAUUUUUGAAUCUAUUUUUGGCAGAUGUAAAACAGUAUAUUAUAAGUCAGUCAAUAUCAUAAGAAUAGCUAAAUAAUACUACAUUUAAUGUUAUACUGAAAAUAUUGCACAUUAUGAAACUUAUAUAUAUACAUAAAUGUAUACAAAUA